AAAGUAAUAGUAAGUCAACCGCAGAACAAGACGGACGCGCGUCGCGUGAUUUGCUUUUUGCUGCCACCAUAAGAAUGAAAAUAGAUAACCGACUAUUAAAAAAAUAAGACAAGUUGUGAAAGAUACGUUUAGAGCAAAGCUAAUUCGAUUCCAAUAUGAAGUAUCGGAUGUGUCACAGAUAGUUGGCUUUUCAAAUCAUAUCCGUGUGCGCGUUUUAAAUUUUUUGUGAAGGACUAGGGAUUGUGUCCGUGAGUCCCUGUGAACUGAAGUGCUUGAAGCACAUCUACUCUUGAAACGGAUUCUUGUAAAAUUCUCCCACCUCCCCCCACACGCCUUUUGUUGUUUUUGUUUUGUUUCACGUUGGUCUGCACGCUGAAAGGGAUCAACAACAGGAGAAAAGUGGCAAACGAAUACGCCAUCCAUCAGUCGUCGCGCUUCUACGUCAAGUUGUUUGGGAAUUCACGGAGCGUAAAUUGCAAUAGUCAUUGGUUGUCGUCGACUAAUAUAUUUUCAAUCGCCAAUUUGCUGAAAUACGGGCUAAAAUUGCAGACUCCUCUUUAAGAAGUACAUAGUAUUACAGGCGCUCGCUGUGGUCGUGAUAAUUCGGAAAGGAUAGUAGCAAAUCAGCUGGGACCAGCCAGAUAAAGGACCUCGCACAAUAUGAAUGUCAAUCGACAGCCACCUGGUCGCCGAACGACCGCUAUGUCAAUACUUUUGCGGCUAAUGCUAACUGGGCUGAUGGGCAUCCCAUGUAUUGAGGCGGCCGUUCAUCCUGUUCUGACGUAUAAAAACACAUCCACAGCAUUGGGACAACUUGUAACGUCCAGCACACUGGUAUGGGAAACCUAUGAUGCGAAGAACAGCAAUCAGCUGCAGUACGCGGUCGAGGGUGGAAAAUACAUUAGCGAGGAGGAACACUACCCCAUCUAUGUGUGUCGGGUGACAAUCGAGGGAGUGACGACCAGCGGUCAUACGGAGAAGAUACAACAGUCACAUGUGUGUGUAGCGGCCCACUAUAAAAAUAAGAAGUACGAGCACUUUGAUGUCCUGAUAAACAAGGGCCAUUUGGGGAAAGUAUCGUGGAAGCAAUGGCGGAAGUUUAAUCUGGGCGUGCCUGUGGGCGCCAUACGUAUCGGCGAAGAUUCCUAUAUUGCCAGACACAAGUCAACUCAACAGCAGAACGUGCAAGAGGGCGAGGUGUUCCAGGGGGCCGACUACAAUUUGGGGCGCUUAGAUCCCGCCGGUUUGGGCAAAAUUAAAGCUAUGGAAUCGGAUCGUGAAAAGGACUACGACGAAGGCGAAGUUUUGGUCGAGACCGAACCGUUCCGCUAUGAACUUCGCGACAUUCGCCUGGACCAAAUUCGAAUGGACACUAGGGAUAAUGUGACCGAACUGGCCUCCGGUAUACUGGCCAACAAAAUUGACAAGUAUAUUCUUGUGGAGACGGUGUUGUCAUAUGACUAUGAUUAUGUACAGUAUUGGGGUUCUCAUGAGGGUGUGGCACGUGGAUUACCCACCAAGGUGUAUGAGAAGGACUCGUCCAGCUCUACAGAAAUCUAUUGGGGCUUAAAAUACAGCGAAAAACGCGUGGAAACCAAAUCCGUGCAAACAAAGUUGUGGCCAGGCACAGCUAUCAACGUAACCCUGAAAGGGAAUUAUGUGACCUUGGAAGCACCCUACUCAGCCAAAUUGUAUGCAUUCUAUGCCGGCAGUGAGGACAGCAUAUCGAGAAAAAUACUAUCAGAGGUUCGUAAAUCGUACUUGAAGGAUGUCAAGCUAGAGUUUAGUCCGGUGUAUUGGAUAGAAAAUGGAACAUUUGUGCCAACAACCACCACAACAUCGACCACUUCCACCACAACGCAUGCCACCACAACAGCUGGUAAUCCAACACCCAUCCACGAACCGCCAGUAGUGCUGAUGAAGGAUCUAAGUGAUACGAAUUCGGCGGCUGGCUCUUUGGAAUCUUCCAUGUUAGAUUCCCCGGCCAGCAAUGAGAUACCCCAUGACAAACCAGAUAAUCUCGCUGAACAUCAUCCAAAGCCCGCCAUGACUGGCAUUGAUUUGCCACACAAUUCAGCUGCUUCAACGUCGCUAGCACAAGCGUUGGCGUAUAUCGUAUGCUUUAUAAUCUCCGUAAAUCUGGGUAUUUAGAUUAAGUCUGUUGUCGCGCUUUCACUCUCUAACAUUAGAAUAUGAAUUGGACGACUUCCCAGUCCGAUCAAUGCUAGGUUUGUCUUGAUUUAAAACUGUAAAGACGUGAUGUCAAAUAAUGAGGAAAAGCAGCGGGGAGGGAUCAUUUUCAGUCAUUAAUCUUCAUCCCUGCUCUCAACACAUUCCCAGGUCCAAUCACACUCACACACACUAUUAAUUUAAUUUAGGAUAGCAUUAACAUAUUAUUUUUCUUGUUGUUGUACCUGUUGUAGACCCAUUGUAUCUGCGUAGCUGUAGCCAACAGAGAUUGGUUAACAAAUCGCGUACGAUGGGUAAUGAGGAAGCAAAUAAUUGAAUGAAAUGCGAAGCAAAGGAACCGUAGACGCCGAUAUUAUUGUAUUUCUCUCCAGUCUCAACGAUGAAUAAUCGCAUCGAUAGCAGUUAAACUCACAUCCUUAUGCAGAGAUUCUAUCUGAUUUAUGCCCGUUUUCGAUCCUGUGUUUCUAUUUAACGAACAAAAAAAAAAAAAAAAUCCGACAAAAUACCAACUGUCAAAGUGGAAUCACUCCCUGCAAUUCUGAUACAAAGUGACGAACAAUCAAUCGCCCCACAUUUUGAUAUUUCAAAUUUAUUUUCAUGUGGUCCAAACAUAACGAUAAUACUGUUAGGCAGGCGCGUAAAAAUAAGCUAGAGUUAAAUUAGAAUGUUAAAAGCAAGCCGUUCCAAGCAUACAAACAUGCAUACAAAUGUAUAUUCGAAUGCUACACUUUGUCCAAACCGGAAGAUGCCUUGGCGUGUUAUAUGCAGAGUCUGGCUGGGCGUAGAAUCAGAUGUACCGUAUGGAACCGUAAAAACACAGACCAAAAUAACGAUACGAAAUAGCCACAAUUUGUUAGUUUUACUCGUACUCGAAACAUUCCCAAAAAAUAUUUUUACAAAAUGAAAACGAUUCUUUUAUAGCUUUUAAGCGAUUUACGACAUUUUUGCAAAAGACAAAAAUCAAAAUUAUAAUUGUAAAAUAAUAAAACACUAAUGAAUGGUAUAUAUACAUACAUAAAUAUACAUAUUAAUAUAAAUUAUAAUACAAUAAAUUUACAUAACUUAUUUAAUAUUGUACGUAACUACUAGAGCUUGAGUUUUAAUUUCUUAAAAGAGAUUUCAAUUUGAUGCUUUACUUGUAAAAAUAAACACAUUCAUACGUUUUUUACAA